AUGCUCUUCGCUAUGCAUGUACUAUUCGCGCUGUGCCUCUUGCUCACCCCAACAUGGGCGAUUUGGAACCCCAUCAUCUCGGGGUUCAAUCCUGAUCCUGCAAUUCUUCGUGUGGGGGAUGAUUAUUACAUCGCCACUUCGUCGUUUGAGUACUGGCCUGGGAUGCCAAUCUAUCACAGCAAGGACCUAUCGAAUUGGACGCUUAUUUCGCACGCCUUGACCAGGCCGGAACAGCUGCAACUCUACGGCGUCCCGACCGGAGCUGGCGCCUGGGCACCAAGCCUAGCCCACUUCCACAACAAAUUCUGGCUCUCGGGCAUGACGCGCUGGACCUACGACCCCGUAGCCCGCGUCUGGCCGCGGGUGUGGUUCAUCUCCUCCCCGGACCUCGUAACCUGGUCUGACCCCGUUUGGGCGGAGCCGUGGGGCAUCGACCCGGAGCUUUUCCAUGAUUCGUCGACGGGGAGGACGUAUCUGAACCUGAUGGCGCCGAAUAACAACCAAGAGAGGCUUUGGGGGAUUGCGCAGUGCGAGGUCGAGGUUUUGAGCGGGGCGUGCGUUGGAGAGUAUAAGAGUCUUUGGAAUGGGACGCUGGAGAGGAAUGCGACGGCUAGGCCUGAAGGGCCGAAGAUGUUUGUGAGGGGUGGUUGGUAUUAUCUGGUUGUUGCUGAGGGUGAGUUUUUGAUGUUGCACCGUACCUCGAUUGCUCGAAGUAAGUCGCCGUCUGGACCGUUUGAGGCCUGUCCGCAUAAUCCUCUCAUGUAUAACGGACAAUGGGGGGCCAAGAACUUGACUGUGCAGUCGACUGGGCACGCGACGUUUGUGGAGGCUGCUGAUGGGGAGUGGUAUGCUUCCUUCAUUGCGAGGCGGAAUGUGAAUGGCAGCUCGCCACUCGGUAUGUGUUAUUCCCAGAUGUCUUCUGGUGGGCCAGCAGACGGGAGUGCUAACUUGAAGGAUACAGGCCGUGAGACCUUUCUUGCGCAACUAACGUGGGAGAACGACUGGCCUUGGAUCAACAACGGGAAACCCAUUAUUCUCAGCGAAGAGGUAGGGCCCAAGACAGGAAUCAAGAAGACACCAGCCCCUUGGAUGGACGACUUCUCCGGAAAGGAGCUAGAUCCCUCAUGGUACCAGCUCCGAACGCCGUACGUCAAGUCAUACGAUGUCUGCAACGGGCGUCUGGUCUUUAAGCCCAACGUAUUUAGCUUGAGUGACCGGGAUCAUCCCGCGGCGGUGCUGCGAAAGCAGACGUCGUUGAACAUGACGUUUUCUGCGGAGCUGCUUGGGUUUGAGGGCGUGUUGGGGCAGAGGAUGAGGGUUGGGGUGUCAAGUUACUUGAGUGAGUUUCAACAUCAGGAUAUUGGUGUCAAGGGGUGCGAUGGUGGGAUUGGGGGUAUGUGUUUGUAUACGGAGGUGAGAAGGAAUGGCACUGUGGAUUACUGGCAAAGACCCCUCAACUCAUCGUCUCUGCUCAAGAGCGGGCUGAGACUUCAUAUCCGGGCUGAACCGUUGAUCUACCACCUGGGCUAUAGCACCGGCGAUGGCGAACCGACGUACGUCGCAAAGAUUGGUUCACGGUGGCAGGCUUUCGCGCCGGCGGGGUAUUAUGUGUUCACCGGGGCAUCUUUCGCGUUGUUUGCGACUGGUGAAGGUGAGCCGUGGCCUGUUGAUGGGCCGAAAGUUGGGUUCACGCGAGUCGAGGAGAGGUAUUAUGAGGAAGACAUUGGAGACUACGAUCGUUGGUGA